CUGGAGGUGCCAGUGUGUGGAGCUGGUGGCUUUGUUGCUCUUGGUAAACAUUUGAUUUAGAAUUGAAUGAAGAUGGUAUUGGAAGCCAUUCCUGAGCUUCAGCAACAUCCACAUAACCCAUUGCAACCCAACAACCAAGAGAGCCUACAAAGUCAGGGAAGUGAUGGAGGUGAGAGUGAGUAUGAAAGUGCUGAUGAGGAAGAGCUUGGGGAAGAGGAGGAGGAGGAGGAAGAUGAGCUCAUUAUAAUGCCAGAUGGUCUUGUAUUAGGAGAGGACAACAAGCCAUUAGAUGAUGAUGAGGAUCGGAAAAACCCUCAGUAUAUCCCCAAGAAAGGAACUUUUUAUGAGCAUGAUGACCGAACCGCUGCCGAAGACGAUGUAGAGAAACCGGUUGAAGAACCAGUCGUUAAAAAGGAAGUUGGUAAGAAGAAAGUUUGGAAAGAGGAUGAUAAGUGGAACCAUGACAAAUUUAAUGAGUUUGACCAAUCUCCCAAGUCCCGGGAAGAGAUAAUAGCUAUAUAUGGUUAUGAUAUACGUAAUGAAGGUCCUCCAAAAGCUCAUUGUAGAAGGCGUUAUGGUCGUGGACCAAACAAAUAUACACGCAAUUGGAAGGAUUUGGAUGCCUACUCCAAGCCUGUUCGUGGUUCCAUACGCGGAGGUCCUGGAAGAGGUGGGCCCAGGUCUUUGCAUGGCAGCCGAAAAACUCUAGACAACGAUGAAGAAUUCCCGGUAUUGAAUUCUCCACAAUACAAAAAACACGAAGGCGAUAAAUAUAAUGAUGACCUCAACAAGUUUGAAUCUCCUGUGACAAGAUCAGAAGUGCCAGGAGCAAUUGUUGACAAUUUGCAUACAGGUGAUAAUGAAAAUUAUAAACCAGAACAAACGGCACCAUUAGCCUCACCACAGCAGCAGUUACCACCGCAGCAGCAGCAGCAGCAGCAGCAACAACAGCAGCAGCUACACAAGAUCUCAGGUUUUAGUCCACAACCCCAAGAUGUAUGUGCUGAUGGCUAUGGUGGACGUGGCAGAGGUUACAGAGGUUCUGGUAGAGGUUACAAUCGUGGCAGAGGCUAUAAUCGAGAACGUGAACAACAUAGAUAUAAUGAGGACAGUUGGGGCCAGUAUUACCAAGACAAUUGUCCCAGUGGCCGUGGUAAUUAUAGAGGCGGACACCAGCAGCGUUUACCCCAACCACAUACUCCCCAUACACCCAGAGAUAUAGAAGAAAUAACAGCAAUGUUAAAGAACAUCAGUAUCAGUUCACAAAAUAGAAAAGAGCCGUUCAGGAACAAAAAUCGUGGUGGAGGUGGAAAUGUGGAUAACAGACGCAACACAAUGCCUCCACGACUGCAGGAAUCGGCCGCUGCUGCAGCCAACAUGCAAGGUCGGGGAAACAGAGGUGGUAAUGCAUCUCCUGACGGAGAUAGCUCAUCUUCUAGACCAAAAAGAUACUCGUCUCAAAGACAACGCUCCAUUCCUGGGCAGCAAGUUUCACCCUUCCCACCGCAACAUGGUUAUAUGGAUCCAUCUGUAGAUGCAGGCUACCAGGGAGGAGUAAAUGAUGGAGGCAUUGUGACAUCAGCAGGUCACACAGUGACAGCUCCUCAUACCCAGCAUCCAUUGGCUGGUGGUGCUCCUCCAACCUUUGUUCCUCCAGCCUUUACAACUUCACCUCCAACUUUCCCACCAGAACCUUUCUUAGGACGGCCUCCUGCACCUCGGAUGUUCCCGCCAGUCACACAGUCACCACACCUCUUUGGUCCUCCAGUGGCGCCGCCUGUGCCUGUUCCACCUGUGGGUGGUCCACCUCCAGUGGCAGGUCCUCUAGGUGCUCCUCCGGUGGGUGCACCCCCAGUCCCUGGUCCUCCAGUUACUGGCCCACCAUUCUUACCCCCUGAGAACAUGAUUAAUUUUGGAGCUCAUCCCGGUCCUCUCCCAGGGGCUGCUCCUCACCCACCUCAGUUCCCGCCAUUCCAGGGUUACACUCCUGGUCCUGUGUCACAGCCUGGAGAGAUUUACAGCAAUGGAGUGACAUAUUACAACACUGAGAGUCAGCAGCAUCUACCAAGAAGUAUACCACCAUUGCAGAAAAGGCCGAAGGCAGCAAUUCCGAUAGUGCCACCCCCUGAAAGAGAGAAUAAGAAGGACGGAAUGUCUCUUACCCAAGAUGAAACUUCAGCACCAAUUGUCCUGGAAAGUAGGGUGCAAGAUCAUGAAGAACCCACUAGUAAAGAACAGUCCACUAGUAAUGGUCACACUGUGCUUCAGGAUGAUCCCAAGGAAGAAUAUGUCACGCCUCUAGAUUCUUCUAGCAAUGAUGGUGUGUGUCAAUCCCAGCAACCAUCACAGCCAGAAACAUUAGAGCUAGAAUGCAAGGAAGUUUUGCAGAAGGAUAUUGCAUCAUGUGACACUCAUUCACAGCUGGACACUAAUAUAGAAACCGCCUUAGAUGUAGUUUCUGUGAAAGUAGAAUCAUCUGAAAACAAUAUAAGGUCAUCCAAGGAAUCCUUACCAGUGUCAGUAGAGUCUUUACCUACUGAGCAAAAUAAUGAAGCGGUAACAUCUGGUCACAUAUUGGAAACACCUGACACAGCAGUAGCAGCUUCAUAAUAUUUUUUUUUUUAUUUAUAAUACGUUAUUUCC